ACCGCAUCGAACUGACCGUAAUCGACUAGGUGAAUGCAAUGGUUCCAUUUUUGCGGCGAGCUCGGAAGAUGUCAUUUAAUCUGGUCCGCUACCACAGUAAACCUAGUCAGUUCUCUGUGGGGGGUUUAAUCCGAGCACGGUUGCCGAUGACGCCCACACUUGAACCCCGAGGAACUUAACUUGGACAGAAAACAUCCAAGAACCGCAACCAGCAUAGCAUCUAAAUGGUUGUGAUCUGGAACCAUUAGCCUUGCAUUCGAAAUGGCGCUCCCAACUAUCCGCACGCUAGAAGAUUGCGCCGACUUCUCCCAGGUGGUAGAGCCCUUCAUUCCGCAGCUCUACGACCUCCCCACGAAAUUGCUCGACGUCUUUGCGGGACGAGAGAGCCUGUUGCAGCUGUACACAGAGACGAACCCUCUCGUAUCCGGCUUUGCCAUCUCUGUAUUUCUGGGUGCCGUGUUUCUCGUGGCGGCCGAGAUAAAUCGCAACUACUCCCAAGUAGACCGGUUCUGGAGUCUUCUGCCGACGUUGUACAUCGCGCAUUUCGAUGUGUGGGCCCGUCUAACUGGGUUGCCUUCGCAGCGAAUCGAUGCCGCCUUGCUCUUUAGUGCCGUAUGGAGUACUCGUCUCACCUUCAACUACUGGAGAAAAGGGGGUUAUGGUAUCGGCCAUGAAGACUAUCGAUGGGAGGUCAUCCGGCAGCAUGUCCCCAAGGUCGUGUUCCACGUUUUCAACUGGACCUUCAUCUCGUUCAUCCAGAGCAUCUUGCUCUUCAUGAUCGCCGCGCCCGUGUACACGGUCCUGCUGGCGUCCACCAUCGAGCCCAACCUUACCAGCGCCGAUAUUGCCGCAGUGGCAAUUGAACUCGGACUCGUGCUCACCGAGUACAUCGCCGACGAGCAACAGUGGGUUUACCAAUCAGCCAAGAAGCAGUACAAAGACACCGGCAAGGUCACCGGCGGCUUCCAACAAGCCGACCUCGACCGGGGCUUCAUCACCUCCGGCCUCUGGGCGUACAGCCGGCACCCCAACUUCGCGGCCGAGCAGACCAUCUGGUUCGUGCUCUACCAGUGGAGCUGCUACGCGAGCAAGACGCUGUACAACUGGGGCGGCGCCGGGCCCGCCUUCCUCAUCAUGCUCUUCCAGGGCUCGACAUGGUUCACCGAGCUCAUCACGGCGGGGAAAUACCCCGAGUACCGCGACUACCAGCAGGGCGUGGGCAUGUUUGCCCCCUCGGGCGUUUCUGCCUACCGGCCGCCCGCUGCCAAGGCGCCCAAGGUGAUUCGGACCAGCGAGCUGGCGAAGAAGCAGCAGGAGAAGGAGAGGAAGCAGAAGGAGAAGCAGAAGUGAGGCGAAGGGGGGCAGAGGAGGGUGCAGGCACGGGCCUCGGGAAGACGCAGGGAACUCAAGCUGCCGAUGGAUGAAUAUUCGGUUUUCACAAUCGACCGUUUGUUAUCGUCGGUGGUGGGGUUGGGGUCGGGUUGGGGCGUAGCAGAAUUUGCCCAAUACCUAGUGCUACGUGCCCAUGUUUGU